AUGGUUAUCAGCAUGCGCGUGCCAGUUGACAUCACGUCCCGCCUGUACUGCCGCUACGUGACCAACGGCUCGCCCCUCUACAGGAUCGGCCCGCUGCGGAUGGAGGUGCAGUCCCUCGACCCGUACGUGGUGACGCUGGAGGAGGUGGUGACGCCCUCCGAGGCCGCCGCCCUGGUGAGAUCGAGCGCAGGGUUCCUCGAAAGGUCCGCCACCAUCAGGAACAACGGCGGGUCACUGGAGAGCUUCAUGAGGACCAGCUCUACGGCUUGGUUACCGGAUAAUGGGCACUCUUUGCUGUCUGUUCUCACGCACCGCAUUGAACAGCUGAUUGGCGUCUCUGCACGCGAUGGCGACGGAGCAGAAGUCUUUCAGGCGGUGAACUACGGCGUCGGGGGCCACUUCAGCGUCCACCACGACCACGUCCCCCUCGGUCUCGUCAAGGACCGCAUGCUGACGUUCCUGAUGUAUCUUACUGAUGUUCCUCAAGGUGGGAGAACUGUGUUCCCGUGGGUGGGAGUGGGCGUGCGGCCUAUACGUGGUUCUACACUCCUGUGGUCCAACAUGAACCGCGCGGGCGUCCCAGACCACAGGGUUCAACAUGGAGCUUGUCCAGUGCUCAUGGGAGAUAAGUGGGUGAUGAACAAAUGGAUUUACUACGGCGGGCAGUUCCGGACUCUUCCCUGCGUCCCUGGAGAUCCAUCCGCUCCUAUCCUACGGCCUUUGCGCUGAUUACUUCUUAGCAGGACCUUUAUCAGUGAACGGGGCUUCGCUACUCUAACUUUAGAGGGACGUGUCAGCUGUGAUAACUUUUUUGUGUGUACUUUCUAAGGUUUAUAUAAUAUAUUGUGAUAAUUUAUAUCCCUAUAGAUCCAUAAAAUAUCUCUUACGUAA